AGACCCGCCGCUGCGCGCCCGGCCCCGGGUUGCCAUGGCGACGCGUGCCCACGGAGGGAGCCUGGGAGGGCCACGCGGGGCGGCUUCUUGGUUGGUGUGACCCAACCGUCGGUCUAGGGAGGAGAGGGUCGGCGCUGUGAGGUCUCGCCUUCAAGAUGUCUGUCAAACCUGAGAAGAAGAGAAAAUUGGGUGGCCGGGGAGGCUCCCGGAUAGGCCGGGCUGGCCGAGGUGCUCAGUCUGCCGCGGGCUCAGAGGCUGAGGAGGCUUCCCUGCUCUCUUCUGCCCUGGAGCCAGAGCCUGAGGUCAUCAGGGAGGAGUAUGAGCAAGUCCCAGAGUUACCUGAAAUCGGUGAAGGGAUGGACGCUUCGACUGAUGUGAAGCCCCUUUUCCUCUCGCGAGCUAUGCUGACUGGACUGGCCGACUCCACGUGGACAACCGAGCACGACGCGGUGCUGGAGCGCUUCGCCCAGGACCCCUCGGAACCUGUCCUCACCAUCUUCGUGGACCCCAUUUGUGGGCUGAAGCUGGAGCUGGGCAUGCCUGUUCAGACCCAGGACCAGAUUGUGUACUUCAUUCGCCAAACCCCGGUCCCCAUCACCCCGGACAACUUUGCGGCCACCGUGCAGUUUGGGACCGUGCGUGGCGCCUACAUCCCAGCCUUGCUUCGCCUGCUCACGGGUGUCUACGUCCCUCAGAUUUUUGUGAAUACCACUUGGCCUGAAAGCAUCCGAAAUCAUUUCGUGUCACAUCUGCACAGGUUUCUGGCCUGUCUGACAGACACGCGGUAUAAACUGGAGGGCCACACUGUCCUGUACAUCCCGGCAGAGGCCAUGGACAUGAACCCUGAGGUGGUGGUAAAGGACAAAGAGCUGGUCCAGCGGCUGGAGACCUCCAUGAUCCACUGGACCCGGCAGAUCAAGGAGGUGCUGAGCACCCAGGAGUCUGUGGAGAUGGGGGAGAACCUCGGGCCCCUGGAGGAGAUCGAGUUCUGGCACAACCGCUGCACGGACCUGUCGGGCAUCAGCAAGCAGCUGGUGAAGCAGGGCGUGAAGCACAUCGAGACCAUCCUGCAGCUGGCCAAGUCGUCCUACCUGUCGCCCUUCGUGAAGCUGGCUCAGCAGAUCCAGGACGGCUCCCGCCAAGCCCAGUCCAACCUGACGUUCCUGUCCAUCCUGAGGGAGCCCUACCAGGAGCUGGCCUUCAUGAGGCCACGGGACAUCGCCGACAAGCUCCCCAAGCUCAUCAGCCUCAUCCGCAUCAUCUGGGUCAACUCCCCGCACUACAACACUCGGGAAAGGCUGACCUCCCUGUUCCGGAAGAUGAGCAACGAGAUCAUUCGCCUGUGCUGUCACUCCAUCUCCCUGGACCGGAUCUUCGAGGGCUACGUCAUUUCCAGCAAGGAGGACCUGCAAGGCUGCAUCUUCUGCUGCCAGGCUUGGAAGGAGCACUACCUGCGUGCCGUGCAGAUCCACACGCAGUUCUCCAACCGGGGCUGGGUUCUGGACCAGACCAGCAUAUUCGCUCAGGUAGACGCCUUCGUGCAGCGCUGCAAAGACCUCAUCGAGGUAUGCGACUGUCAGUACCACUUUGCCCGUUGGGAAAACGGCAACCAGGGGCCCCUUCCCUGCUUCUUCGGUGCCCAGGGGCCACAGAUCACACGGAACUUGCUGGAGAUUGAGGACAUCUUUCAUAAGAACCUGCAGACGCUUCGAGCAGUCCGCGGGGGCAUCCUGGACGUGAAGAACACCUCUUGGCAUGAAGACUACAAUAGGUUCCGUGCUGGGAUCAAGGACCUGGAGGUGAUGACCCAGAAUCUGAUCACCUCGGCCUUCGAGCUAGUUCGGGACGUGGAGCACGGAGUGCUGCUUUUGGACACGUUUCACAGGCUGGCUUCCCGGGAGGCCAUCAUGCGGACCUACGAGAAGAAGGCUGUGGACCUCUACAUGCUGUUCAACAGCGAGCUGGCCCUGGUGAACCGCGAGCUCAACAAGAAGUGGCCCUACCUGGAGCCCUACAUGGGCCAGUUCUCCGGGCAGGCGCACUGGAUGCGGAUCCUGCGGAGGCGCAUCGACAGAGUCAUGAACUGCCUUUCGGGAGCCCAUUUCCUGCCCCAUAUUGGGACGGGAGAGGAGAGUAUACACACCUACCAGCAGAUGGUCCAAACCAUUGACGAGCUGAUCCGAAAGACCUUCCAGGAGUGGACGGCAACGCUGGACAAGGACUGCAUCAAACGGCUGGACACGCCACUGUUGCGAGUUAGCUCGGAGAAAGCAGGCAUGCUGGACGUGAACUUUGACAAGUCGCUCCUGAUUCUCUUCGUGGAGAUCGACUACUGGGAGCGGCUGCUGUUCGAGACGCCCCACUAUGUGAUGACCGUGGCCGAGCGCGCCGAGGACCUGCGCAUCCUCCGAGAGAACCUGCUGCUGGUCGCCCGGGACUACAACAGGAUCAUUGCCAUGCUGUCCCCAGACGAACAGGCCCUGUUCAAGGAGCGGAUCCGCUUCCUGGAUAAGAAGAUCCACCCGGGGCUGAAGAAGCUGCACUGGGCCCUGAAGGGAGCCAGCGCGUUCUUCAUCACAGAGUGCCGCAUCCACGCCAGCAAGGUGCAGAUGAUUGUGAACGAUUUCAAGGCCGCCACGCUGACCAUCGGCUGGAAGGCCCAGGAGAUGUCGGAGAUGCUGCUGGUGCGCAUCACGGGCAAGCAGGUGUACAGGGACCUGGAGUUUGAGGAGGCCCAGAGGGAGCACCGGCUGGCCGUCCAGCAGAAGCUGGUGAACCUGCACCAGGACGUGGUGAACAUCAUGACCAACUCCUACGAGGUGUUCAAGAACGACGGCCCUGAGAUCCAGCAGCAGUGGAUGUUCUACACCAUCCGUCUGGACCGCAUGAUGGAGGACGCCCUGCGCACGAACGUGAAGUGGUCCCUGCUGGAGCUUGCCAAGGCCAUCAACGGCGACGGGAAGACCACGCCGAACCCACUUUUCCGAGUCCUCGUCAUUCUACAGAAUGACCUUCAGGGCGAGGUGGCGCAGGUGGAGUUCUCGCCGACUCUGCAGACCCUGGCCAGCGUGGUCAACGACAUUGGCAGCCACCUCUUCUCCACCAUCUCUGUCUUCCGCCACCUCCCCGACAUCCUCAUGAAGCGAAAGAUGACUCGAGAACCCAUCCACGUCCUCGUGGAGCGGGACGAGGACGUCAAGAAGAUCCAGGCCCAGAUCAGCAGCGGCAUGGCCAGCAACGCAGCCCUGCUGCAGAACUACCUCAAGACGUGGGACAUGUACCGCGAGAUCUGGGAGAUCAACAAGGACUCGUUCAUCCGCCGCUACCAGCGCCUCAACCCCCCUGUCUCCUCUUUCGAUGCCGACAUUGCCCGCUACACGGAGGUGGCGAACAACGUGCAGAAGGAGGAGACGGUGCUCAACAUCCAGUUCGUCCUGCUGGACUGCUCCCACCUCAAGUUCUCGCUGGUGCAGCACUGCAACGAGUGGCAGAACAAGUUCACCACGCUGCUCAAGGAGAUGGCGGCCGGCCGCCUCCUGGACCUGCACACCUACCUCAAGGAGAACGCCGAGAAAAUCAGCCGCCCUCCCCAGACGCUGGAGGAGCUAGGGGUCAGCCUGCAGCUCAUGGACACGCUGCAGCACAACCUGCCCAACCUGGAGAACCAGAUCCCCCCCAUUCACGAGCAGUUCGCCAUUUUGGAAAAGUACGAGGUGCAGGUUCCGGACAGCGUCCUGGCCAUGCUGGACAGUCUCAACGGGGAGUGGGUGACCUUCCAGCAAAUCCUGCUGGAUAGUGAGCAGAUGCUGAAGAAACACAAGGAGAAGUUCAAGACCGGCCUGAUCCACGCUGCUGACGACUUCAAGAAGAAGGCGCACAACCUUCUGGAAGAAUUCGAGCUCAAAGGGCCUUUUACCAGCAGCGUGGGCCACACGGUGGCACUGGAACAGAUUGCACAGAUGCGCGCCAUGCUGAUGGCCAUGAGGGAAGAGGAAAACAGCCUGCGGGCCAACCUGGGCAUCUUCAAGAUUGAGCAGCCAUUCUCCAAGGACCUCCAGAACCUGGAGAAGGAGCUCGAGGCGCUGCAGCAGGUGUGGGAGAUCACGCGGGACUGGGAGGAGAGCUGGAACGAGUGGAAGACCGGCUGCUUCCUGACCCUGCAGACGGAGGCCAUGGAGACCAUGGCCCACGGGCUGUACCGCCGCCUCACCAGGCUGGCCAAGGAGUACAAGGACCGGAACUGGGACAUUAUUGAGACCACGCGCUCCAAGAUAGAGCAGUUCAAGAGGACCAUGCCGCUCAUCUCCGACCUGCGGAACCCCGCCCUGCGAGAGAGGCACUGGGACCAGGUCAAAGAAGAGGUCCAGAGGGAGUUCAACCAGGAGUCGGAGAGCUUCACCUUGGAGGAGAUCGUGAAGAUGGGCAUGGACCAGCAUGUGGAGAAGAUCUCGGAGAUCUCUGCCUCCGCCACCAAAGAGCUGGCCAUAGAGGUGGGAUUACAGAACAUCGCCAAAACCUGGGAUGUGACUCAGCUAGACAUAGUGCCCUACAAAGACAAGGGCCACCACCGCCUCAGGGGGACGGAAGAAGUGUUCCAGGCCCUGGAGGACAACCAGGUGGCGCUGUCGACCAUGAAGGCCUCUCGGUUCGUGAAGGCCUUUGAGAAGGAUGUGGACCACUGGGAGCGCUGCCUCUCCCUCAUUCUGGAGGUCAUCGAGAUGGUCCUCACGGUGCAGCGCCAGUGGAUGUACCUGGAGAACAUCUUCAUUGGAGAAGACAUCCGCAAGCAGCUGCCCAGCGAGUCAGCCCUGUUUGACCAGGUCAACAACAACUGGAAAGCCAUCAUGGACCGGAUGAGCAAGGACAACAACGCUCUGCGAAGCACCCACUACCCAGAGCUCCUGGAGACACUGAUAGGAAUGAACACCAUCCUGGAAGACAUCCAGAAGUCUCUGGACAUGUACUUGGAGACCAAGCGUCAUGCAUUUCCCCGCUUCUACUUCCUGUCCAAUGAUGACCUGCUCGAGAUUCUGGGCCAGUCCCGUAACCCAGAAGCUGUGCAGCCACAUCUCAAAAAAUGCUUUGACAACAUCAAAAUGCUGAAAAUCCAAAAGGCUGGGGCCACCAGCAGCAAGUUUGAAGCAUUAGGAAUGUUCUCCGGCGAUGGCGAAUACGUCGACUUCCUCCACUCGGUGCUUCUAGAUGGAGCUGUGGAGUCCUGGCUUUCUGAAGUGGAGCGGGCCAUGAGGACAACCCUUCGGGACCUGCUUCGGAGCUGCCGCUUGGCCCUCAAGAAGUUCCUCAACAAGAGGGACAAGUGGGUGAAAGACUGGGCUGGCCAGAUGGUCAUCGCCGCCAGCCAGAUCCAGUGGACUGCCGACGUCACCAAGUGCCUGAUGACAGCCAAGGAGCGCUCAGACAAGAAGAUCCUCAAGGUCAUGAAGAAGAAGCAGGUGUCGAUACUCAACAAGUAUUCGGAAGCCAUCAGGGGGAACCUGACCAAGAUCAUGAGGCUUAAAAUUGUGGCUCUGGUGACCAUAGAGAUCCACGCCCGCGACGUGCUGGAGAAGCUGUACAAGAGCGGCCUCAUGGACGUCAACGCCUUUGACUGGCUCAGCCAGCUCCGCUUCUACUGGGAGAAGGACGUGGAUGACUGUAUGAUCCGCCAGACCAACACACAGUUCCAGUACGGCUACGAGUACUUGGGGAACUCCGGCCGGCUGGUCAUCACGCCGCUGACGGACAGAUGUUACAUGACGCUGACCACGGCGCUGCACCUUCACCGCGGCGGCUCCCCCAAAGGCCCGGCGGGCACUGGGAAGACGGAAACCGUCAAGGACCUGGGCAAAGCCCUGGGCAUCUACGUCAUUGUGGUCAACUGCUCCGAGGGCUUGGACUACAAGUCCAUGGGGAAGAUGUACUCGGGGCUGGCGCAGACAGGGGCCUGGGGCUGCUUUGACGAGUUCAACCGCAUCAACAUCGAGGUGCUGUCCGUGGUGGCGCAGCAGAUCCUGUCCAUCCUCUCCGCCCUGACCGCCAACCUCAGCCGCUUCUACUUCGAGGGCUUUGAGAUAAACCUGGUGUGGUCCUGUGGGAUCUUCAUCACCAUGAACCCCGGCUACGCCGGCCGCACAGAGCUUCCAGAGAACCUCAAGUCCAUGUUCCGCCCGAUCGCCAUGGUGGUGCCCGACUCCACGCUGAUAGCGGAGAUCAUUCUCUUCGGGGAGGGCUUUGGCAACUGCAAGAUCCUGGCCAAGAAGGUGUACACGCUGUACUCGCUGGCCGUGCAGCAGCUGUCCCGGCAGGACCACUACGACUUCGGCCUGCGCGCCCUCACGUCCCUCCUGCGCUACGCGGGCAAGAAGCGCCGGCUGCAGCCCGACCUGUCUGACGAAGAGGUCCUGCUGCUGUCCAUGAGGGACAUGAACAUCGCCAAGCUGACCUCCGUGGACGUGCCCCUGUUCAACGCCAUCGUGCAGGACCUCUUCCCCAACAUCGAGCUGCCGGUCAUCGACUAUGGCAAGCUCCGGGACACCAUCGAGCAGGAGACUCGGGAGCUGGGCCUGCAGGUCACGCACUUCACCCUCACCAAGGUCCUGCAGCUGUACGAGACCAAGAACUCCCGCCACUCCACCAUGAUCGUGGGCGGCACAGGCAGCAGCAAGACCACGUCCUGGAAGAUCCUGCAGGCCUCGCUGACCUCGCUGUGCCGCUCCGGGGAGCCCAACUUCAACAUCGUCAGGGAGUUCCCCCUGAACCCGAAGGCGCUGUCCUUGGGGGAGCUGUACGGGGAGUACGACCUGAGCACCAACGAGUGGACCGACGGCAUCCUGUCCAGUGUCAUGCGGGUGGCGUGCGCAGACGAGAGGCCAGACGAGAAGUGGAUCCUCUUCGACGGCCCCGUGGACACGCUGUGGAUCGAGAGCAUGAACUCCGUCAUGGACGACAACAAAGUGCUGACUCUCAUCAACGGGGAGCGCAUCGCCAUGCCUGAGCAGGUGUCUCUCCUGUUUGAAGUGGAGAACUUGGCGGUGGCCUCCCCGGCCACCGUGUCCCGCUGCGGGAUGGUCUACACAGACUAUGUUGACCUGGGCUGGAAGCCUUAUGUUCAGUCCUGGCUGGAAAAGAGGCCAAAGGCCGAAGUGGAGCCCCUCCAGCGCAUGUUUGACAAGUUCAUCAACAAGAUGCUGAGCUUCAAGAAGGACAACUGCAACGAGCUGGUGCCCGUGCCCGAGUACAGCGGCAUCAUCUCGCUCUGUAAGCUCUACUCCGUCCUGGCCACGCCCGAGAAUGGGGUGAACCCAGCGGAUUUUGAAAACCACUCCUUUAUGGUGGAGAUGACAUUUGUGUUCAGCAUGAUCUGGUCUGUGUGUGCCUCUGUGGAUGAGGACGGGCGCAAGAAGAUUGACAGUUACCUCCGAGAGAUCGAGGGCUCCUUCCCCAAUAAGGAUACAGUCUAUGAAUACUACGUGAACCCCAAGAUGCGGGCUUGGUCAUCAUUUGAGGAGAAGCUCCCCAAGAGCUGGCGCUAUCCUUCAAACGCCCCCUUCUACAAGAUCAUGGUGCCCACCGUCGACACCAUCCGGUACAACUACCUUGUGAGCACCUUGGUGGCCAACCAGAACCCUGUGUUACUGGUGGGGCCCGUGGGCACGGGGAAGACCUCCAUAGCCCAGAGCGUGCUCCAGUCCUUGCCCUCCAGCCAGUGGUCGGUGCUCAUCGUCAACAUGUCUGCGCAGACCACGUCCAACAACGUGCAGAGCAUCAUCGAGAGCAGGGUGGAGAAGCGCACCAAGGGAGUGUACGUGCCGUUCGGGGGCAAGAGCAUGAUCACCUUCAUGGACGACCUCAACAUGCCCGCCAAGGACACCUUCGGGUCCCAGCCGCCCCUGGAGCUCAUCCGCCUCUGGAUCGACUACGGCUUCUGGUACGACCGGCUGAAGCAGACCAUCAAGCACAUCCGGGACAUGUUCCUGAUGGCUGCCAUGGGCCCUCCGGGGGGUGGACGCACGGUCAUCUCCCCGAGGCUGCAGAGUCGCUUCAACAUCAUCAACAUGACCUUCCCCACGGAGUCCCAGAUCAUCCGCAUAUUUGGCACCAUGAUCAACCAGAAGCUCCAGGACUUCGAGGAGGAAGUCAAGCCCAUCGGGAACGUGGUGACCGAGGCCACCUUGGAUCUGUACAACACGGUGGUACAGCGCUUCCUGCCCACGCCGGCUAAGAUCCACUACCUGUUCAACCUGCGCGACAUCUCCAAGGUUUUCCAGGGCAUGCUGAGAGCCAACAAGGACUUCCAUGACACCAAGUCCAGCAUCACCAGGCUCUGGAUCCACGAGUGUUUCAGAGUGUUCUCUGACAGACUGGUUGACGCCACAGACAUGGAGGCCUUCGUGGGCAUCCUGAGCGACAGGCUCGGCACCUUCUUUGACCUCACGUUUCAUAAUCUCUGCCCCAACAAGCGUCCUCCCAUCUUCGGGGACUUCCUGAAGGAGCCCAAGGUCUACGAAGACCUGACAGACCUGACAGUGUUGAAGACAGCCAUGGAGACGGCCCUGAACGAGUACAACCUGUCCCCUGCCGUGGUCCCCAUGCAGCUGGUGCUGUUCCGGGAGGCCAUUGAGCACAUCACGCGGAUAGUGCGGGUGAUCGGGCAGCCUCGAGGCAACAUGCUGUUGGUGGGCAUCGGGGGCAGUGGCCGCCAGAGCCUGGCCCGCCUGGCCUCGUCCAUCUGCGAGUACAACACCUUCCAGAUCGAGGUCACCAAACACUACCGCAAGCAGGAGUUCCGAGAAGAUAUCAAGCGCCUGUAUCGCCAGGCGGGGGUGGAGCUGAAGACCACGUCUUUCCUUUUCGUGGACACCCAGAUAGCCGAUGAGUCCUUCCUGGAGGACAUCAACAACAUCCUUAGCUCAGGCGAAGUGCCCAAUCUCUACAAGGCUGACGAAUUUGAAGAGAUCCAGAGCCAGAUCAUAGACCAGGCCCGCGCGGAGCAGGUCCCCGAGUCCUCCGACAGCCUCUUCGCCUACCUCAUCGAGCGCGUGCGCAACAACCUGCACAUCGUGCUCUGCCUCAGCCCCGUGGGAGACCCCUUCAGGAACUGGAUCCGCCAGUACCCGGCCUUGGUGAACUGCACAACCAUCAACUGGUUCUCAGAGUGGCCCCGAGAGGCCUUGCUCGAGGUGGCUGAGAAGUACCUCAUAGGGGUGGACCUGGGGCAGCAGGAGAACAUCCACAGGAAAGUGGCCCAGAUCUUCGUCACCAUGCACUGGUCCGUGGCGCAGUACUCCCAGAAGAUGCUGCUGGAGCUUCGGAGAUACAACUACGUCACACCCACAAACUACCUGGAGCUCGUGUCUGGAUAUAAAAAGCUUCUGGGAGAGAAACGGCAGGAGCUGCUGGACCAGGCCAACAAGCUGCGGACGGGAUUGUUCAAGAUCGAUGAGACCCGGGAAAAGGUGGAAGUGAUGUCGCUGGAGCUGGAGGAGGCCAAGAGGAAGGUGGCGGAGUUCCAGAAACAGUGUGAGGAGUACCUGGUCAUCAUCGUGCAGCAGAAGCGGGAGGCCGAUGAGCAGCAGAAGGCAGUCACUGCCCAUAGCGAGAAGAUCGCCAUAGAGGAGGUCAAGUGCCAGGCACUGGCAGACAAUGCCCAGAAGGACCUAGAGGAGGCAUUGCCUGCCCUUGAAGAAGCCAUGCGGGCUCUGGAGUCGCUGAACAAGAAGGACAUCGGGGAGAUCAAGUCCUACGGGCGGCCCCCCGCCCAGGUGGAGAUCGUCAUGCAGGCGGUCAUGAUUCUCCGCGGCAACGAGCCCACGUGGGCAGAGGCCAAGCGGCAGCUGGGGGAACAGAACUUCAUCAAGUCGCUGAUCUACUUUGAUAAGGACAAUAUCUCAGACAAGGUGUUGAAGAAGAUUGGAGCCUACUGCGCGCAGCCGGACUUCCAGCCAGACAUCAUCGGCAGGGUCUCCCUGGCCGCCAAGUCCCUCUGCAUGUGGGUGCGGGCCAUGGAGCUGUAUGGGCGCCUCUAUCGGGUGGUGGAGCCCAAGCGGAUCCGAAUGAACGCGGCCAUGGCCCAGCUUCAGGAGAAGCAGGCCGCACUGGCCGAGGCCCAGGAAAAGCUGAGGGAGGUGGCGGAGAAGCUGGAGAUGCUGAAGAAGCAGUACGACGAGAAGCUGGCGCAGAAGGAGGAGCUGCGCAAGAAGUCCGAGGAGAUGGAGCUGAAGCUGGAGCGGGCCGGGAUGCUGGUGUCGGGGCUGGCCGGCGAGAAGGCCCGGUGGGAGGAGACCGUGCAGGGCCUGGAGGAGGACCUGGGCUACCUGGUGGGUGACUGCCUGCUGGCCGCUGCCUUCCUGUCCUACAUGGGGCCCUUCCUCACCAACUACCGGGACGAGAUCGUCAACGAGAUCUGGAUCAGGAAGAUCCGGGAGCUCCAGGUCCCCUGCUCGCCUCGCUUUGCCAUCGACAGCUUCCUGUCCAAUCCUACCAAAGUCCGGGACUGGAACAUCCAGGGCCUGCCCUCAGACGCCUUCUCCACUGAGAACGGCAUCAUUGUCACCCGGGGCAACAGGUGGGCCCUCAUGAUCGACCCUCAGGCCCAAGCCCUCAAGUGGAUUAAGAACAUGGAAGGGAACCAGGGCCUGCAGAUCAUCGACCUGCAGAUGCACGACUACCUCCGAGUCCUGGAAAAGGCCAUCCAGUUCGGGUUUCCCGUGCUCCUCCAGAACGUGCAGGAGUACCUAGACCCCACGCUCAACCCAGUGCUCAACAAAUCUGUGGCUCGGAUCGGCGGCCGGAUGCUGAUGCGCAUCGGGGACAAGGAGGUGGAGUACAACCCCAGUUUCCGCUUCUACCUCACCACCAAGCUCUCCAACCCGCACUACAGCCCGGAGACCUCCGCCAAGACCACCAUUGUCAACUUUGCUGUUAAGGAACAGGGUCUGGAAGCCCAGCUGCUGGGCAUUGUGGUCCGGAAGGAGCGGCCAGAGCUAGAGGAGCAGAAGGACUCGCUGGUCAUCAACAUUGCUGCGGGCAAGAGAAAGCUCAAAGAGCUGGAGGAUGAGAUUCUGCGCCUGCUGAACGAGGCCACGGGCUCCCUGCUGGACGACGUGCAGCUGGUGAACACCCUGCAGACGUCCAAGGUCACGGCCUCGGAGGUGACGGAGCAGCUGGAGACCAGCGAGACCACGGAGAUCAACAUUGACCUGGCCCGCGAGGCCUACCGCCCGUGUGCCCAGCGGGCCUCCGUGCUGUUCUUCGUGCUCAACGACAUGGGCCGCAUCGACCCCAUGUACCAGUUCUCGCUGGACGCCUACAUCAGCCUCUUCAUCCUCAGCAUCGACAAGAGCCACCGCAGCAACAAGCUGGACGACCGCAUCGAGUACCUGAACGACUACCACACCUACGCCGUCUACAGGUACACCUGCCGAACCCUUUUUGAACGCCACAAGCUGCUCUUCAGUUUUCACAUGUGUGCCAAAAUCCUGGAGACUUCUGGGAAACUCAACAUGGACGAGUACAACUUCUUCCUGCGUGGGGGCGUGGUUCUGGACCGGGAGGGCCAGAUGGACAAUCCGUGCACCAGCUGGCUGGCAGACGCCUACUGGGACAACAUCACGGAGCUGGACAAACUGACCAACUUCCACGGACUCAUGAACUCCUUUGAGCAGUACCCUCGGGACUGGCACCUGUGGUAUACCAACUCUUCACCGGAGAAGGCCAUGCUGCCAGGAGAGUGGGAGAACGCGUGCAACGAGAUGCAGAGGAUGCUCAUCGUCCGAUCCCUGCGCCAGGACCGCGUGGCCUUCUGCGUCACCUCCUUCAUCAUCUCCAACCUUGGCUCCCGCUUCAUCGAGCCACCCGUGCUAAACAUGAAACUGGUGAUGGAGGACUCUACCCCCCGGUCCCCACUAGUGUUCAUCCUGUCCCCCGGCGUGGACCCAACCAGCGCUCUGCUUCAGCUGGCGGAGCACACAGGCAUGGCCCACCGCUUCCACGCCCUGUCCCUGGGCCAGGGCCAGGCCCCCAUUGCUGCCCGGCUCCUCCGAGAGGGUGUGCUACAGGGACACUGGGUGUUCCUGGCCAACUGCCACCUGUCACUGUCUUGGAUGCCCCAUCUGGACAAGCUGGUAGAACAGCUGCAGGUGGAGGACCCGCACCCUUCCUUCCGCCUCUGGCUCAGCUCCAGUCCUCACCCAGACUUCCCCAUCUCCAUCCUGCAGGCCAGCAUCAAGAUGACCACAGAGCCACCGAAGGGUCUGAAGGCCAACAUGACUCGCCUGUACCAGCUGAUGACGGAGGUCCAGUUCACGCACUGCUCCAAGCCCGCCAAGUACAAGAAGCUGCUGUUCGCGCUCUGCUUCUUCCACUCCAUAUUGCUGGAGCGCAAGAAGUUCCUGCAGCUCGGCUGGAAUAUUGUCUACGGCUUCAACGACUCCGACUUUGAGGUGUCUGAGAACCUGCUGAGCCUCUACCUGGACGAGUAUGAGGAGACGCCCUGGGACGCCCUCAAAUACCUCAUCGCCGGCGUCAACUACGGCGGCCACGUCACGGAUGACUGGGACAGGCGCCUGCUCACCACCUACAUCAAUGAUUACUUCUGCGACCUGAGUCUCUCAACCCCCAACUACCGGUUGUCUGUACUGGAGACUUACUUCAUCCCGAAGGACGGGGCCUUGGCCUCUUACAAAGAAUACAUCAGCAUGCUGCCCAGCAUGGACCCCCCUGAGGCCUUUGGCCAACACCCCAAUGCUGAUGUGGCCUCGCAGAUCACUGAGGCCCGGACCCUCUUUGAGACUCUGCUUUCCCUGCAACCCCAAAUCACACCCACCAGGAUUGGGGGCCAGAGCCGAGAAGAGAAGGUCCUCGAGCUGGCUGCGGAUGUGAAGCAGAAGAUCCCCGAGAUGAUCGAUUACGAGGGCACCCGGAAGCUGCUGGCUCUCGACCCGUCCCCGCUCAACGUGGUCCUCCUGCAGGAGAUCCAGAGAUACAACAAGCUGAUGAAGACCAUCCUGUUCUCCCUGACAGACCUGGAGAAGGGCAUCCAGGGCCUCAUUGUCAUGUCAACAAGCCUGGAAGAGAUCUUCAAUUGUAUCUUUGACGCUCAUGUGCCUCCGCUCUGGGGAAAGGCAUAUCCCUCACAAAAGCCCCUGGCGUCGUGGACGCGGGACCUGGCUGUGCGCGUGGAACAGUUUGAGCUGUGGGCCAGCCGAGCCCACCCUCCUGUGAUCUUCUGGCUGUCUGGCUUCACUUUCCCCACGGGCUUCCUCACCGCCGUGCUGCAGGCCUCGGCGCGCCAGAACAACAUCUCAGUGGACAGCCUCUCUUGGGAGUUCAUAGUCUCCACCGUCGAUGACAGCAACCUCGUGUACCCCCCCAAGGAUGGUGUCUGGGUUCGCGGCCUGUACCUGGAGGGUGCUGGCUGGGACCGGAAGAACUCCUCUUUAGUGGAGGCAGAGCCCAUGCAGCUGGUCUGCCUGAUGCCCACCAUCCACUUCCGUCCAACGGAGAGCCGCAAGAAAAGCGCCAAGGGCAUGUACUCCUGCCCCUGCUAUUACUAUCCCAACCGGGCAGGCAGCACGGACCGAGCCUCCUUCGUCAUCGGCAUCGAUCUCCGCUCGGGAGCCAUGACGCCGGAUCACUGGAUAAAGAGAGGCACCGCUCUGCUGAUGAGCCUGGACAGCUGAUGAGUUCCCCACCCCACCCCUCCCGCUUGAGGGGCUCAGAGGCCCUCGAACUGACAGCCGGAGCUCAGGCUUGGCUCUCACAGGAAUGCAGCCUAUAAUGGCGCCUGAAGGUACCCGGUGGCGCCAGCCGUCAAGGUGGAGGACUUGCGUGGAGCUCAGCGCAGUAAAACACGUGCAAACCCAA